GCGUCAGUGCGCGCGUCGGUCCCGGUGCUUUCUACUUCGGCGUGAGUCGAAGCUAGCCUGACCUUCCCGCUCGGGCCUAAUAAACGAUUCGCAGUUGCAGAAACGAGCAAGACGAGCCGCGCGUGCGCCCGGUGUUUCUGCUCGACCGAGUCGCGCGGUCACGCGAUUGGCGCAUCCUUGCAUCGUAUCCACUAUCCGAGCGCAUCCCCCGCGAAGCCGCAAUGACGAGGUACCGGCUUCUGUACUUCGACAUUAUGGGGCUGGGCGAGCCAAUUAGGUUCCUCCUGAGCUACGGCGACUUCGACUUCGAGGAUGUGCGUCUAGAUCGUGGAGAGGCGUGGGCGAAGAUCAAAUCAUCAAUGCCCUUCGGCCAAGUACCGGUCCUCGAAAUAGAUGGGAAAAAGUACUCUCAGACAUUGCCGAUUUGCCGAUACCUCGCCAAGAAACUCGACUUAUUAGGAGAUACCGAUCUGGAUGUUCUACAGGUUGAUUCCGCAGCAGAAGCUAUUCACGAACUGAGAAAACAAAUAGCUCUCUUCUUCCGCGAGGACGACCCGGUGCAAAAAGCGAAGAAAAAGGCCGAAACCGUGAAAAACACCGCGCCAUUUUACCUUAAUCGUUUCGAGGAUCUUGUCAAGAGCAACGAUGGCUACUUUCACGGUGGAAAACUGAGUUAUGCGGACAUAUAUUUCGUCGCCAUAUUGGAUUUCUACAACUACUGCUUGGAGUUCGAUGUCACGAAGGAUCGUCCUCAUUUGAGAACAUUGAAGGAAAAAGUCCAAUCGAUUCCGAAAAUUAAAGAGUGGCUAAACAACAGACCGAAACGGAACUUUUAGUUUCGGCGUGCUCGUUUGAAAGUGUUCUACUUUUUUCUGAUGGAAAUAUUCUUUCAAAUGUUUAAUAGGUCUAUCAACUGACGCUUUCCGCUGACGACCUCCUUCUGCAGUUUCACUAGAUUAAUAGGUCACCAGUCUUCUUUUUUAGGUGAUAAAAAAUCACAGGACAUUCCAAUGGACGAUAACUGCUUCGGAUAUUUAUGUGAUUUUAUCAAAUACUACUUUCAAUUCGACGUCACGGAUGAAUAUUUGCACAUAAAGAUAUGCAAAAAGAAGGUCCCGAUGGUCUUAUAAUUGGAGCGUGCACGCUGUUUUCUGAGCCCCCUAUCUUCUUGAUACGGUAUGAAGCAAAAAAAACUUAGUAAAUCUAUAUGUGAUGUUGCUUAUUUCCAUAAUGGCGAUAGUGAAAAAAUGGGCCGCUCACUUAAUAUAACGCAGUGUCGAGUGACGAAGAAACGCAUUGACAUAUUUUAAAAGUCGCAUAUCUCCUUGUUGAUUUAUUUCAUCUCCGUGCACAUAAUUAUAAGAUAGUCCGACGUGUAUCAGGUAAUACAUUAGUACAUUGCAUUAAAUGGAUCCAAAGUCUUCAUUA